AUGAAACUCACACUCGGUAAAAAGCAGAUUAUUGCACUCGAUGGAAAUGACAGUCGAAUCACUGAAAAGGAGGAGGUUUUGAAGUUCAUCAGAGACUUUUAUAGCAAUUUGUAUAGCAAUCCAAGGGAAAAUUUGAGUGUACCUAAAUUAAAUGAUGUACCUAGUGUUCCAGAUAUACUCCCAUCAGAAGUCAAGUGUGCUAUAGAUACCAUGAAGAAGGGAAUAGUGCCAGGUGAUGAUGAGCUCAGCGUUGACAUCCUCAAACUGGCAGGAGAGGUAACAAUAAAUCACUUGGCAAAAGUAUUUACUUCCUGCCUGCACUAUGCUUCAAUCCCAUUAUCGUGGAACAAGGCUAAGAUUAUAUUCAUACACAAGAAAGGAAGUACGGAGUACCAAAACAAACUAUUAAUCAUUGUUUAUUUACUUGUUUCAUGA